AGAAGAUGGCAGCAGGGGAGGCUGUGGAGGCUGGGCUGUCUGCGGAGCGGCUGCAGGAGGCUGAGAAGGAGGCAGCAGAGAAUGGGGCGAGCUCCGCGGGAGGUGGUGAGGCCGCGGCGCUCAAUGGUGAAGUUGGCUGUACAAAAGUGGAAAACAACAACCUGUCUGUGAAAGCUGGGUCAGAAGUAGAAACCAAAGAAGAAAGAACAGAGCAUGAAUCCAUAAGGGAGCCUGAUAGUAACAUUUUGGAUGUUUCAUCUGAUUAUCCAAGAGAGAAACAUCUUUCCAUUCAAAGACAACUUGCUGAUCUAGAGAAACUGGCUGACCUGAAUGAAGCUGAAAAGAAGCCUUGUCCCUUGUGUCCUGAAGAGAAAUUUAAAGCCUGCUAUGGCCAUAAACUUCAUCGUCACCUCCAGAAUUUGCACUGGAAAAUUUCUGUGGAAUUUGAAGGGUACAGAAUGUGUAUCUGCCACUUGCCUUGUCGUGUAGCAAAACCAAACUUCGUUGCAGAUCAGGCGUUUUCAAAGAUGGGAGCACACUACCACUGUAUCAUCUGCUCAGCAACUAUCACACGAAGAACUGAUAUGAUAGGACAUAUUAAUCGCCAUGUCAAUAAAGGAGAAACUGAAUCAAGAUUUAUUACAGCUCCUGCUCCCAAGUCAUCUUGUGAAGUGCUGAAAGAGGCAGACACAGAUGUGCAGGUUCUUCCCAACUAUUUCACACCUCAAAAAACAGACUCCUAUUUUAAUCCCAAAAUGAAGCUCAACAGGCAACUGAUAUUCUGUGCACUGGCUGUUUUAGCUGAGGAACGUAAACCAAUAGAAUGUUUGGAUGCAUUUGGUGCUACUGGUAUAAUGGGAUUACAGUGGGCAAAACAUCUCCGAAGUUCUGUCAAAGUUACAAUUAAUGAUUGCAAUGAGAAUUCUGUGACAAUGAUUCAGGAAAACUGCCAUUUAAACAAAAUGAAGGUGAAAGUGAGCGCUAAGGAAGAAGACAAUUACGAAGCUCUAGAAGAUGGAGAAGAAAAUACUGAUACCAUUGAGGUGACAAAAAUGGACGCCAAUGUUAUAAUGCAUUUGAGAUCAUUUGAUUUUAUACAUUUGGACCCAUUUGGAACUUCUGUGAAUUACCUGGAUUCUGCCUUCAGAAACGUGAGGAAUCUUGGAAUUGUGUCGCUGACAUCCACAGACAUCAGUUCUCUGUAUGCAAAGGCUCAACACGUCACCCUGCGUCACUAUGGAUGUAACAUUGUGCGAACAGAGUACUACAAGGAGCUGGCAGCCAGGACAGUCAUUGCUGCUGUGGCAAGAUCUGCAGCUCGCUGUAAUAAAGGCAUUGAAGUCUUGCUUGCAGUAGCCCUAGAACACUUUGUUCUUGUAGUUGUCAGAGUUUUAAGGGGACCAUCUCCUGCAGAUGAUUCAGUGAAGAAAGUAAGAUAUCUCAUCCACUGUCAGUGGUGUGAGGAGAGAAUUUUUCAGAAAGAAGGCAAUAUGGUAGAAGAAAAUCCUUAUCAGCAGCUGCCUUGUGAUUGUCAUGGCAGUAUGCCUGGGAGGACAGCAGUAGUUCUUGGUCCUCUCUGGUCAGGAGCUCUCUUUAAUACUGGGUUCCUCAGAAGAAUGCUGUUUGAAGCUGUCCAGUAUGGCUUAGAUGAUGUUCAGCCACUUCUGAAAACAGUGGUCUGUGAAGCUGAGUGUACAACUUCCAAGAAUUUUUCUACCCAUAGUCCUUCUGAUGAGAACAAACAAGAAGAGUGUGGCGUAUAUAUUAAAACACCAGAUAUGCUGGCAGAGUCUGAUGUGGUGCCUGGAAAAAGAAAAAAUAAUGAAGUGAUGCGAAAUGCGACCAAACGACAAAAAACUGACAACAGUGCGGAGCACCCUGCAUUUUACUACAAUAUCCACAGACACAGUAUUAAAGGAAUGAACAUGCCCAAGUUAAAUAAGUUCUUAAACUACCUCUCUGAAGCUGGAUACAGAGUCAGCAGAACCCACUUUGAUCCUAUGGGCGUUCGCACCAACGCUCCCUUGGCACAGUUCAAGACUGUUCUCAUGAAGCACAGCACUCCCACGUAUGCUGGGGGGCAAACAGAAGGCCCUCUCCAACUGACAGAAGAUGUCCAGGUGGGAGACCAGCUUCAAGCUGCUGCAGACAGCAAGGCAAAGGAUGAUGAGUUUCUGGAAGAGAAAAAAUCUGGAGACACUGCCGCUAUCUUCACAGAAGACUGCCCUACUCACUGUGCAGCCAAUUAGUCCAAUCCUUUUGGAUUUACAUGAGAACUUGCACCUACGCUCUGUUCAAGCACACCAGUACUCCUUGCAGACCUGGAAUUUGACAGUUUGAAAUCCCUGCAAUUUCCUGAAAUCCCUGCAAUUUCCAUUGGAGAGGAUGUUUUAGAAUUCUAGACCUUAGCACUGAAAGCAGCAGUGUGUAUGGUCGAGAUGAUUUUCCUGUGGGAAAAUUAUUAGAUGGUUGGUUCUUUCACACUUGCAUCCACUUUCACACUGAGCAUUGUAGCUAGCACCAAGUCUUUGUAUGGCCUUAUUCAAGCUGCUGGAACAGAAUAUAGGAGAGUGGAUGGGGCCAGAAGUCUGAAGCAUUUCUGAACAUAAAUUUAGUCAGAUGAUCGUUCCUAAAACCUGACCUGUUAGAACUCAAAGGGAGGUCACAUUAAGGUGAUAAAAUACUGCAGGACAAAAUGUGACAUGAAGCCAGAAGGUGCAACUUGGUGCACUUGUAACUCUACAUUGCUCAUGUAAUUUGGCCUUCAGUUUUGUUUCUGUAGAUCUACCUACAGGCAAAAUCCUAACACAAGUGAGAGCAGAAAGGAACCCAUACAGAGCUGUACGUAAACUUCAGUUCCUAACUAAGCUUUAGUGAUUUGUCUGUACUCAACUCCAGGUAGUUUGUUUGCUCUGAGAUUUAAUUUGGUUGUACACUUUAAAAAAAAAAAAAAAAAAAAAAAAAAAAAGUAUAGUGAGCAGACAUCACAAUCUGAAGUUCCAGACUAUUAAUUUGUUAAUAGUACAGUUUGCUGUUAAAAGAUCUCUUCAGUGUCUGAGACGCUAUUUGUUGGUAGUCAUUUUGGGUUUCUUGAAAUACAUGGCAACAUUCCAAUCAAACAAACCUGCCUUCAUUUUUAUUUUUUUUCCCACCCCAAAAAAAUCAUUUUACUUGGAGGAAAAAAAAACAAAAAACAAAACAAAAACAAAAACAAAACAAAAACAAAAAAAAAAACAAAAAAAAAACAUUUUACUUGGAUUCUUAGACUCACAGAAUGGCUUAGGUUGGAAGGGACCAUAAAGAUCGUCUGUUUCCAGCACCCUGGUUGCCACCUACCAGAUCAGGUUGCCUGGGGCUCUAUCUAGGCUGGCCUCGAUGCCCACGGGGAUCCCACAGCUUCUCUCGGUGGCCUGUGACAGGCAUCUCUACGCUCUGAGAAAAGAAUCCCCUCCUAGCUUUAAACUAAAAUAGGGGAGAUUUAGGUUAGAACUGUUCCCUGUUGUUCUGUAUAUGCCUGCAUAAGAAGUUGAUCUGCCUUUAAGUAUUGGAAGGUCACAAUGAGAUCUCCCCAGAUCUGUCUUCUCCAAGCUGAACCACUUUAGCUCUCUCAGCCAUCCUUCAUAGGAAAGGUGCUCCAGCUCUCUGAUCGUCUUAAUGGUCUUCUGGACCUGCUCCAACACCUCCACAUCUUUCUUAUGGUGCAGUAUUCCAGAUGAGGUCUCACAAGGGUGGGCUUGAGCUGGACAAUUGCUUCCUUCUCCCUGCUGGCCACUCCUGAUGCAGCCCAGGACACAGUCAGCCUUGUGGGCUGUAAAUACAAACUUUUCAUCCACUAGGACCCUAAGUCUCCCAGGUCUGCUCUGAAUAAAUGUCUGGCAUUCUCCUGACCCAGGUGCAGCAUAUUACACUUUGCCUUCUUGAAACUCAUUAGCUUCAUAUGCAUCCAUUUUUCAGAGCUUGUCCUUUGGAUGGCACCCCUUCCUUUAUCAUGUCAGCUGAAGCACUUGGCAUGGUGUCAUUUGAAAACUUGCUGCAGGGGUACUUGCCUUUGCUCUCUAGCUCAUUGAUAAGAGUACUGAUCCUAGAAUGGAGUCCUGAAGGAUGUCUGCCCCCUGUUCUCACCUCCAUAAUGCCAUUGACCAAAACCCUCUGGAUGUGACCAUCCAACCUAUUCCUCAUUGACCAAAUAGUCCACACUUAGUUUCUCUCUGAUUUAAAGGUAAGGAUGUGACGUGGUACCGUGUCUAAGGCCUUGCAGAAGGUAGAUGACAUCAGUUGCUCAUUCUUUGUCCGCUGAUGGCAUUACUCCAUCGUAGAAGGCUGCCAGUUUGUCAGGCACACCGUGUCCUUGGUUGGCUGUCUCAGAUCAGCUCCUUGCCUUGCACAUGCCUUGUUGUAGUUCCCAGAGUGUUCUGUUCCACAGUCUUCCUAGGAAUAAAGAUAAGGCUCAUCAGUGUGUGAAAACCCAGGUUUUCCUUUCUCACUUAAAAAUGAGAGUGAUGAUUCAUUUUUCCAAAUCACCAGAGACUUUGCUUGACAGCCAUGAAUUUUCAAAUAUGAUGGAGAGUGAUUUGGCAACCACAUCAACUGCUCCUUCCAGACCUGGGAUAUAUGUCAUCUGGCUGCAUAGAUUUGUAAUGUUCACUCUUACAAGACAGCAUUGGACUUAUUUUUCCCAGUGGGAGGGAUUUGGCUCCUUCAGCUCCAAGCUACAUGUUUAAGGAUGUGAGAAACAUGGGAAGCCUGACCACGAGUGAAGACCGAGGCAAAGAACUUUCUGCGUACCUCAGCCUUGUCCGUGUCUGCUGUUCCUUGUUGUCAAGGAGAGUGUAUCUCAGAGGGUAUGCUCUCCUUUGCCUGUCCCUUCUGACCAGCAUACCUGUAGAAUCUCGUAAUUUUUUCAUGUCCCUCACCAAGUUUUGUUCCAUGUAUGCCUUGGCUUUCCUAAUCCUAUCUCUACACAUCCAGAUGACACCCCUGGAUUCUUCCCAGGGGUGAAAUCUCAUCCGAUAAUUCCUUCAACAGUCAGAAAUUUGUCAGAACUUCUCCUCAAGUUCAGGAUCCCAACUUAUCUCCUUGCUAGGCCCGUGUUCCUGAGAACAUGAAAUCAGCCAAGCAUGAUCCCUAUGGCUCAGACUGCCUCCAUUUUUAACCUCUUUAAUGAACUCUGCAUUGGUGAGCGAGGUCCAGAAAUGCUUCACAUCUAUUUGGACUGCUCAAUACCUGGACCAGGAAGUUAUCCUCAAUUAUUACAGUCCCCUGGAUUGCUUACAGCCUCCUGUGUUGCUUUCUCAGUAGGCCUCCAUGUGGUUGAAGUCUCCUAUCGGGAUGAGAGCCUGUGAGCAUGAUGCUUCUUGUAGUUGAAGCAAGAAGGCGUGAUCCGCAGGCUGCCUUCAGCUGGUGGCCUGUAGUAGAUCUGAUCACCAGAAGUUUUUCAUUGGUCUGAUCCUCCAUUUUUACCCACCAGCUCUUAACCUGACCGUGGCUGUUUCCUUAACAUGGAGGAUGCUUCCACACCCCUCCUUCCCUGUUCUUCUCUUCUGAAAUACUUGUAGCCCUUGGUUAUAGUGUCUCACUUGAGCAUUUCAUCCUACCACGUCUCCAUGACAGCAAUUAGGUCAUAGCUUUUUAAUUGCACCACGGCUUCCAGCUCCUGUUUAUUCCCCACUCUUUGUGUUGCUGUGGCGGCACUUCAGUGGGGCCGUCAAUCAGCCUUGUUACCUUCUUGGAGGAGCAUAGUUCCUUCAUGACAGUUCAGAGCCUUUCCUCUGCUGCUCCAUAGAGUGAUAGUGAUGGUGUUCGCUGGCCCUUCUCUAUCACUGAGAAGUACAUCCCUUUUCCCUAUCAAAUGUAGUUUAAAGUUCUAGUUGUCAGCCCAGCCAGCUUUCUGUACAGAAUAUUCUUGCCCCUCUUUGUCAGUUGUGCCCUAUCCUACAUCUACAUACCCAGUGUCUGGUGGUAUUUCCAAAGUAAUGAAACGCCAAAUGUGACAGCAUCCACACAGCAAUUGUGCACCUCACCUGUGCAUCUCCUUUUUCCUGGGUCCCAGUCUCAAGCUGGGAUGAUAAUGGAGAACGCAACCUGCAGUCCCAAUCCCUCUGACAUCCACCUGAGGGAAAUAAAGUUUCCUGAUAUUUUGUAGUUCUCAUUGUAGCCUCAUGUUACCCAGCUUGAAAGAGCAGCAAUGGGUAAUAUCCUCUGGCUUUAUUAGCCUUGGAGCUUCCUCUUGCUGUCAUGAAUGCAGGUCUCUGGCAGACAGCAAACCUAUCUGGAGAGAUUGUCCAGGUGGCAAAUGCGUACCUCAAUGUCUCUGAGCGAGGAGUCUCCAAUUAUUAACACCCUUUGCCUUUUUUUGGUGACACUGGAUCUAAUAAAGGUAUUUGGUUGGACCAG